GCUAUCACAUCGCGAAACAUACGAUGGAAAAGUAUAAGUAUAACGGAGAGUACUUGAAGAAUUCGAUAGAUAAUUGUCAAUUUACCUCUAUAUCAUCAUCCAGAACACGCUUAGAAGUAUUUACCUAGAACCAUGGCUUUCGUACCAACCACGAACUCGGAAAUCCGAGAAUGGCUCCUUAGAUUUCAUGCCUCAAAUGACUCUCUCGAUGUGUCGAGGUUAGAGGACAUAUACACAAAAGACGCGAAAGUGCAGUUUGGCAACAUGCCCCUUUUUGAGGGAUUAGACGAACUACGCAGCUUUUUUAAGGGAACCUGGGCAAGACUAGAGAUGAUGCACCACAAAAUUGAAAGCUUUGAUAUGGUUGACAACAAGAUCUAUCAGCCGUGUCAUAUAACGUGGAAAGUCAAGAACGAUCCGGAAAAGGAGACAAUUGUGGUUCCGGCUUUCGCUUUCGUCCACUUAGAAACAUCGGGGGAGAACAGGGGGCUUGUAAAGCAAGCUGCGUAUUAUAUGGACGGUGCUCCGUUGAUGGCAGCACUUCAAAGGUCUCUAUAGAAUUGGUAAUCAGCAGGAAUGAGCAAGUCUGGCAGUCUGGGCAGUGUAUUGGUGCUAUUGAGCUUUAUCUUAUCGGCAUAUCACACAGGAACUUGUAGCCUU